AUGAGACAUGUUAUUACAAGUAAGUUUUUGAUUGUUGUAACUGUCAAUCCGGAGAGCCAUUCAAUAAAAGCGAUGAUUUCUUUUGAUGGUUUAAACUUUGCAGAUGCCGGCCUUCCUCCUGACAUUAAAGUAGGGAAGUUUCCCGAUGUCCUCACUGUGUUGGAUUCCAAGUUGGAUGCCAUAUUUAUUCAUGUGUCAUACAUCGAUCUUCCUACAAAUCCUCUCUUGAAGUCCGGUUUAAAUGGAACUAACUUCGUUACUUCGCUUGAGAAUGUUGCCAAUUACGGUGGCCAGGGUUUCUUCCACAGAAUGGAAGGAUUAGACGGUGUCAUCAUCUGUCAAGCGGGUGAUGGGAAGACGCGUAUCACUCACAACGAUGGAGGCGAAUGGAAUUUUUUGAAUCCCCCAACUGUUGACUCGGAUGGUGAAAAGUAUGAGUGUUCUAGCCAGGGGUUAUCUAAAUGCUCUUUGAACCUAGCUAUUCAACUGGAACUGCGUAGCUCUGAUUCGGUCUCGUCUUUGCCCGAUACCUAUAUUAGUAUGGGGACGGUUGGAGAGGAUUUCCGUAGCACUCACGAUACAUUUAUUUCUAAAAACGGUGGUUCCACUUGGGAAGAAGUGAUGAAAGGUGAGACUAAGUGGGCAUACGGGGAUAGUGGCACUAUUAUCGUGAUGGUCAGUGCCCCUGGUGCCACCCAUACUAUAAGCUAUUCUUUGGAUCAAGGAAGAACUUGGAAUUAUUACCAGUUUUGCAAUGACAAAGAUCUUGAGGGUUUUCGCUACGGAGUUAGAGUUCGUGACUUGAAAACAUCCGGCAAAUCCAAAAAGUUCUUCAUUCAUGCAGAGAUGAGGCCCCUUCUGGGUCCUAUAGUUACAUACGUGUUCUCGAUCGAUUUCAGUGAUAUUUAUAAGAGGCAAUGUGAAUUGGACCUUGACAAUUCUGACUCGAGUGAUUUCGAAUAUUGGGCCCCCGCCAAUCCUCAUCUGCAAGAAAAUUGCAUCCUAGGACGUGAAACCAGAUACUUGAGUCGAAAAAGUGUCGAUUGUUACAUUGGAAGUGCACCAUUGGCUGAAUUCUCCAAAGUGAUCCGAAAUUCUAUUGUUGUUCCACUACUUAUCUUCAUAUUUGUCACAUGGUUUGUCUAUGACAGAGGUGUUCGAAGAAAAGGUGGAUUUACGAGAUUAAGCGAAAUCAGAAUAGGUGAGGAGGAUGUUCAACCUAUUGAAAACGACCGUAUUGAUAAGAUCACAAGCAAAAUUGUCAAAUAUGGAAUCGCUAUAAUUGUUGAUUCCUCUGCAGCAACGAGUGCAAUAAGAAGUAUCAAUGGAAGUUCAUUUCGGAAGCUUAUAUCUGCGAUCUUCACAAGAUCUCCAAGUGGAAGAAACUUCGUAGCAGUGCCCGAUUUGAACCAAGAAGAAGAUCGAUUAUUUGCAAACUCUCAUAGCACACAAGAAGCAGAUGAUGAUUACGAUGACGAACAAGAGUAA